CGUGCCGUCAGCAUCGAGGGUGCGGUUCAGUUUUCAACUGUCUUAGCUCGCGUAACAACUCGUCCCGUCUUAUUUCGAAGGUUUCUAUAUUGCUUUUUUUUCACAUCGGUUCGACGUAUAACGCGUACUUAACCAAGGUGUCGCUGAAGGAAGGGGGUUAGUUAGAGAGGGUUCAGCUGUCGUAGUAAACGGUCGGCAGCCUCGUACUUCGAGUACAUCGAGGAUCCUAUUUCUCAAGGUCAUCUGGCACGCGCUGCCGCGCACUCCUGCUCUUGUAGUGGGGGGGGAAAUCGGAUCAGUGAUAUGACCUUAGUGGGUACGACGGAGGGGAACGUAUUACCCAUCAUGUUGAGCGUACAGCAACAGCAUCAUCACCAUAAUCUUCAUGGUUCUACGACCAGUGCUCAAACUCAUCGCGGCAAUGUGAUUGUUUCAACGAGCAGUAUGCCGACAAAUGACAUCAAGAUCCAGCAGCACGGUUGCAAACGAUCGAAGAUCUACAGCCAAGCGACCGGACCUUACGGCACGGUUCCUCAUCAACCAGCCUCGGUGGCCAGGCGAAACGCGAGGGAACGGAAUCGUGUGAAGCAGGUGAACAACGGAUUCGCCACGUUGAGGCAACACAUACCCCAGAGUGUGGCGCAAGCCCUCGGAGGAAGUACAGCUGGUACACACGGUGGAUCUAGGGCUGGCAGUAAAAAGCUGUCGAAGGUUGAGACGCUCAGGAUGGCGGUCGAGUACAUCAGGAGUCUACAGCGACUUCUCGAGGAACACGACAGUGGUUCAGAUUUGGCCAGCGUAUCCUCGCCGACCUCGUCACCACCAUCUUCCACGUCCUCGGCUUCGUCCACGUGUAGUUCCAACACCGGCCUCGGAGUCGACGCCAAUCACCAUUCGGCCGAGUUAAGACUCCGUGGCAAUGUCAACAAUGACAUUCGACAUCACAACAACUCCGACUUGCAUCGGCAUCAACAUAUCAGACAAAACCCUAGCCCAACGUUCGUGCCAGCACCCUGUUCCGAGGCGUCUAGUUCCCCAACGCCGAGCUUUGUCUCUGAAGCAUCAUCGGCUGGCAGUCAAGGAUACGGAACAUCGGGAACCCUUUAUACCACGCAUUCCGAUGGUUACGAUAAUUACGAGCCAAUGAGCCCAGAAGACGAAGAACUGUUGGACGUCAUCUCUUGGUGGCAACAAAGUCAAUGAGAGGACCGGUGUCUACGUCGCCUCCUCGUUGGUCCUUUCUUGUCUUCAAAGAAGUGGCUGGCAAAAACCCACGAAAUGUAUUAGAAUAAAGGACCGAAGGGAGACGGCAAACAGCGGCUGUUCCACUAACUGUGAUCUAGUCAUAUCAACAUUGUACACAUGUAACUUUACGAAUCGACAAAGUCGCGUUUUGUUUUUGUCGGUAGCCUCGAUGAUAGUUGUGCUGGAGACACUUUGAUAUGUUACUUGUCCAAGAAAUUGUUCUAUUAUUGUUCUGAAUGGAUGUCGUAUCGACAUUCGGGCAUCCUCGAAGGAUGCAGCAUUCCAGAGUGCCUUACAAGGAUUGUUGGUGUAUUAUUGAGAUAAAUAUACAAUUUUCAUCGACAUAAAAAUCCUUGAUUAAUCUUAAGGGAACAUUACGUUCUGGUAUCGUACGAAGAUUAUUUGAAAGAACUGAUUUGUUGUAAAUUUUAUAAAUGUUAUUAUCAUUGAAAAUAUUAAGAAUUCGCUUGAUACUCCCAAUAGGAAGGUUUCAAAUAUUUAUACCGAUCCGCGCAAUUAAUUGAACGAAUUUUUACAGACCGUUAGCUGUGGGUCUUGUUGUAAUAUAAUGAUUUGUAAUGUUAUUGUAAAUGAUUAUAUAUGUAUAUUGAAUACGAAAUCAAAGCAGAUCAAUUUCUCAUUCGUUGAUGCUCGAAAUUGAAAUGAAACUGAACGAAAUUUUAUCGUGUCGAUGCUUUUUGUAAAUAAAUAUUA